AUGGCGCAGGCUCUGACGGCCCGAUGCCACCAUCGCAUCUGGCGACGAUGCACCAACACACGGCUUGCCCCUCAAUCAUUAUCCCCAUCGAGACACAUUCACCUCAAGACGCUGCAAAAGCGGGAGGAUGCAGCGCAAGAGUGGGCAAAGAAGGCAGAGGCGAUCAAGAACGGCGAGGCGCGGAACCUCUGGGAAAUAUUUGAGGAGCGAGGCUUCAUCAAGGAUGUCGCAGGCCGGCCCGAGCUGAUCAAAGAGCUGAUGCGCACCAAGCGCAUCGGCGCAUACGUCGGCGUCGAUCCCACGGCGCCAUCCCUCCACCUCGGCCAUCUGCUGCCCAUGAUGCCUGUCUUCUGGAUGUAUCUCCACGGCUUCCGCGCCGUCACACUGGUGGGCGGCGCGACAGCGAGGAUAGGAGACCCGACAGGCCGAACCACGUCCCGCGCCAUCAUGUCCAACAGCGAAAUCUCCACCAACAUUACGAGGAUACACUACCAGAUGAAGAAGCUCUGGGACAACAUUGAGCUGGAGAAGCACAAGUAUGGCUACAAGAAGACCUGGUCCAUGUCACGGCAUCUCGUGAACAACAACACGUGGUGGCAGAGCCUGUCCAUGUACGACGUGAUGAAGAGGCUCGGCCGAUAUCUGAGGAUGGGGCCGAUGCUGUCUCGCGACACCGUCAAGACGAAAAUGGAAAGCGGCGACGGCAUGGCGGUCGCCGAGUUUAUGUACCCCCUGAUGCAAGCUCCGAGACGUGGGAGGGGAGGAGCUUCAUCGUGUUCCUUGCCACAAGUCGGCAAGAGCGCCGGCAACGCCGUCUGGCUCGAGACGAACCAUGACGAGCGCCUUCAGCCUGUACAGCUACCUCGUGCGGCGGUUCCGACGACGAGGUCGAGCAGCUCCUCCAAAGUUUCUUUCACCUUCCUGGCCCAUUCCCCGAGGAUCACCCCAGAUUCAAUGGAGCAGCAACGUGCUUCGACCCCGCCCCAAGCCCGGCCCGCCCCAGCACCAAACUCGCCUUUGAAGGUCCCUCACGCUUCGUGCACGGCGCCGAGGGGGCCAUUCCGCGAGCAGCAACAAGCCCCCCCUUCAUGUACAGCAAGGGCGGGGGACGGCAGCCCCCCGAGCACCGGCGCCGCGGGCCGCGCACCCCCAAUGCGCCCAGCCCGGCCAAAGAUCCUUUUCGCCGCGGGCCUCGCCGACUCGGCCAGCGACGCCCACCGCCUCUGCCGCCAGCAGGGCGCCUACGUCGCCGCCGCGCCGGGCAAGGACAUGCGCUCGCUGACGCCCGGCAACCUCGACUGGACACCCGUCAAGCUGUGGCGGCCCGAGGAGGUGUCGCGGUUCCUCGUCGACGACCGCGUCCUCAUCCUGCGCAAGGGCAAGCACAACGUCCGCAUCAUCGAGGUCGUCUCGGACGACGACUGGAAGGCCUCGGGCCAGACGUACCCCGGCGAGCCCGGCACCGGCAAGACGCGCAUGGCCAUUGCCGCGCUGCGCGAGCUCGCCGAGGCCGAGGGCAAGAAGCUCUCGCAGAAGGAGCUCUUUGCCCUGGCGCAGGAGAAGCUCGCCGCCGAGGAGGAGGAGACGGUCGUUGCCAACAACCCGGACAUUCGGUUCCCCAGCAAGCUCGAGAGGCAAAAGGUGCAUGGUGAUCUGAAGGCCAAGGACGGCGGACGGCGCGUGUGA